AUGACUCUCGCCGUCUUCCGGCGCUAUAGUGUUCUAAAUACAGGGGGUUCUUCAGGGGUUACCUGGGGGAGAACGAGGAAGCACUUGUCACCUCAAACAGGAAGACAUGCUCCCUCGAUGACAACGGCAAGUGACUCGGAAGCCUUCAGUCCCGUGCAAGGAUACACGAGAUGCGGUCGGCGUCUCUACGAUCUAAAGACACCUUCGCUUUCAACGGUAACGCCUACCGCCAUGUCCUCCUUUCUCAAUUUCGUCUAUUCACAAAUCUUCGUCGCCCUCCCCUACCCCAAGCAGGACCUCACGGACCAAACCAUCAUCGUCACUGGCGCUAACACCGGCCUCGGCCUCGAAGCCGCUCGACACUUCACACGUCUCAACGCGUCCAAAGUCAUCCUUGGCGUCCGGAGCCUCGAGAAGGGCGAAGGAGCCAAGAAGUCCAUAGAAGAAUCCACGGGGCGCUCGGGCGUCGUGGAAGCAUGGCGACUCGACCUUUGCAGCUAUGAAUCCGUCAAGCAGUCUGUGCAGCGUGCGCACGGGUUGCAGCGACUGGAUGUUGUAGUGGGAAAUGCGGGGAUCGCGCCCUCCACGUUUGCGAUGGCGGAAGACAAUGAGAGCAUGGUUACGGUCAACGUCAUCAGUACUUUCCUGUUGGGUCUGCUGAUUCUGCCGAAACUGAGAGAGACGGCGGCGAAGUUCAAUGUGCAGCCGCAUCUUACGGUUGUUUCGUCAGAGGUGCAUAUGAUGGCGAAGUUCGAAGAGAGGAAGAAUCCAGAUCUCCUAAAGACGCUUAAUGACAAGAACACGACGGACAUGGGAGACAGAUACCAAGUCUCCAAGCUUCUCCAAGUCUACUGCGCCCGCGAACUCGCCGCCCGUCUCAACAAGACCGGUAAAUCCGACGUCAUCGUCAACUACCUAAACCCAGGGAUGUGCCAUUCUUCACUAUCGCGGGACGGGCCCUUCUUCCUGGAGGUUCUGAAAUUCUUCCUGGCGCGCUCGACGGAAUAUGGGAGUCGAGCACUCGUGAGUGCUGCGACGGCGGGGGAAGAGACCCAAGGGGCGUACCUUAGCGACUGUCACGUUGCCCAGUGGGUCUUCCUUCCUCGACGGCAUUGCUGCGAGGGAUUUGCUGAUGCGGAGAACAGGCCGGCUCCGAUGGUGUUGGAUGAGCCCGAGAUGCAGCAGAGGGUGUGGGAUGAAGUUUCGGCGAAGUUGGAGAGCAUUCGACCAGGAAUCAUGGCGAGUGUCUAG